AUGGCGACUAAAAAUGUCCCAAAGAAGGGUCCCGUUUCUCGAAACGCCCUCCCUGACCGGACUAAGCCUGACUUGAAGUCUCCCAAACCUGCUAACCUUGCGCGGAAGCCGCCUGCCGCUGCGAGAGCCGACAGUAAUGCUACCAACUCGUCAGACCUCUCAAGCGCGAAGAAAUCAUCUCCAGCUCCUAGAUCGAAGGGCCUGAACAAUCUCAAACGUGCCAAUAACGUGCCAAAGCCAACGGACAAGCAUCCAAUUCCACAAGAAGCUGAAACAAACGGGUUAGAACAUGCAGACCCGGAACCUCUAGAAGACUCAGUCGACAUGGAGGAUAGCACGAUCGAACUACAAGACCACGAGCAACGCGCCAACGAGGAGCAAGAUGAAGAACCGACAGAAGACGCAGCGAAAGCUCUUCCAAAAGCUUCUGGGUCGGGAGCAAGAUCGGUUUUCCAACGUGGUAAAGAUGCCGCGUCGUCCCUUUCAGGUUUCGCCAGUAAGGCCAAGAAUGUUCAUUCUCAGCUGCCGGAACCUGUAAAGCAAGAAGCAGCAAGUCGCGUUCAGUCCGGCAUGAAGAAUGUCAAGGACAAGGCCCAGCCAGCUGCAGGUGAAGCAGUCAGCAAAACUGAGGAGAUCCCAAAGGGUGCCAAUCUUCCAACUGAUUUAUCUGCUCUGUCUGGCCUUGAGGUCGGUGAAGAUGGAAUGAUUCUCGAUGACGAUGGCAAUGAAGUCGCUCGACUGGCUGAGGGUGAGCCAGAAGACCUUGCUGGCCAGACUGUUGGCGAGAAUGGUGAGAUCCUAGAUGAAGACGGAGAUCUGAUUGGGCGCGUGGAGCUUCUCAGUGCGGAUGCUGCAAAGAAACCAGAGUCAUUUCUAGAUGCAGAUGGCUUGAACUUGAAAGACCUUGCAAAUCUGCCUGUCGCAAAAGAUGGCUCAGUCAAGAAUAAAUCGGGUCAGGUAGUGGGGAAUCUCGUCGAAGGUGAUCCUGGGGACUUGGUCGAUUCAACCGUGAAUGAAAAGGGCGAAGUUCUCGAUGACGAUGGUGAAGUGGUCGGCCGUGUUGAACCUGUUUCUCUCAAUGAAGCCGGCGAGCAACUUGGCGAGGUUGAAGAUUCAGCAGACGCCAUGCUGCCAGAAACUUCUAUUCUCAAAGGUCGAACGAUCAACGAACAAGGCAAGAUUCUCGAUGAAGAGGGUGGCGUUCUGGGCCAAAUUCCGGAAGGCCAAGACCCGGCAACUCUGACCGGUAAAGUGCCUGACGAGCAGGGCCAAGUCCUAGAUGAUGAUGGGGAAGUCAUAGGACAAGUUGAAGUGACACCAGGGGAGGCCGCUGAGACAGCAAUACAAAAACUCCGGGAAGAUACACAAGAGGCCAAAAAGGGCGGACAAGAAGCACUCGACGAUCUCUCUGUCCUUGACGGUCUUCAGGUCGAUGAAGAAGGUCAAAUUACUGAUCCGGAUGGUAACGUCCUCGGUGUGCUAGAUAACGGUGAUUUAUCGGAAGUCACCGGGAUGACCGUGAACGACAAAGGUCUAAUCAUCGACGAUGAUGGCAACAUUCUAGGCAAAGCUCGGUUGGUAACUCAAGAAUCUAUCGAAGAGCCCGAGAAAACUGCCCAGGAACUACCGCCCAUCUCCAAUCUUGAAGGCCUCAAGUGCAACAAAGCUGGCAAAAUUGUGGAUGAAAACGGGGAACUCGUUGGUGAACUCAUCGAAGGUGAUCCUCGAAAGCUCUUUCAAGCCGAUGCACAGCUUGAUGAUCGUGGUCAGUUUUGGGACAACAAAGGCAAUGUCAUCGGCAAGGCUCAGACCGUUCCCGUGGAAGAGGAAGAGGAAGACAAUGGACCAUUUGCCAAUACUGAGGAUAUAUUUGUCACAGAGGAAGGCUGGGUCCGUGAUGCAAAUGGAAACAAAGUGGGAAAAGUUGUCGAAGGCGAAAUUCAGAACCUUCUUGGACGGGCUGUCGACGAUGAUGGCGAUAUUCUGGACAAACGAGGCAAUUUGUUGGGACACGCAGAGCCCUGGGAAGAGUCGGAGCCAGAAGAGGAGAACGUUGAUCUCUCGGUAUUGGAGGGUCUCACUCCUAACAAGCUGGGUAACGUUAUAGGGCCAGAUGGGGUGUCUAUUGCGCGUGUUAGCGAGGGUGACCUGAAGGCAGUCACUGGCCGGAAAGUCGAUGCCGAAGGCCAGAUCUGGAGUGACGAUGGCAAGGUCAUUGGGCGGGUUGAGCUCAUUCCAGAGGACGAACGCGAAGACAUAUUGCCCUUUAGUGGGUUCGGAGACUUGGUGGUUAGGAAAAAUGGGUUUGUUGAGGAUGAAGCCGGCAGCAUUGUCGGUAAGAUCAUAGAAGGCGACCCUCAGAAAUUACAGGGUCUCGCUGUGGAUGACGAUGGGGAUAUUGUCGACAAGCGAGGCAAUGUCAAAGGACGGGCCGAGCCAUAUAACCCACCGGAAGAGGACCUAUCUAUUCUGGAGGGGAUGACGGUCAAUAAAUUGGGAAACAUCGUGGAUGAAAAUGGUUCGGUUUGGGGACGCAUCACCUCCGGAAUUCCCAAGAAGCUGGCCGGCAAACAAGUGGAUGCGGAAGGUCAAAUCUGGAGCGAUGACGGGAAAGUAAUCGGCAACGCCGAACUUAUCCCGGAGUCGGAGCGAGAACAGCCUGAAGGCAUUUUCUAUGGACUUGAAGGCCUGAUGACAGCAAAGGAUGGAACAAUCACCGACUCCACCGGCCAGGUUGUCGGGAGACUGGUGGAAGGAGAUCCCGCCCGACUUGUUGGCCGUGCCGUGGAUGAAGAUGGCGAAAUAGUCGACAAAGUUGGAAAUGUCAUAGGUCGCGCCGAGCGAUGGGCUCCCGAGGAGAAAGAGCGUGAUAUCAGCCCUAUGAGUGGCCGAAAAGUCAACCGGGAGGGCGAAAUACGCGACGAGGAUGGCAAUCUGAUCGGUAAACUCACCGAGGGCAAUCUCAAAUCUCUGGUGGGCAAGACCGUUGACGACAAUGGCUAUAUCGUGGACAACGAUGGGAACAAGGUCGGCGAGUGCACCCUACUGGAAAACCUGCCCGAAGAGCCCGCUUUGUCUGCCGAGGAAAUCGAACAGAAGGAAAAAGAGGAACACGAUCGAGAUUUGGCGAAGAAGAUGUCGGCGAUUGUACAGCAAACUUUGGAUUCGGUUGAACCGCUAUGCAAGCAAAUCAGCGAUCAUCUUGAAAAAGCCGAUCGCACACCACGAGAAGAACUCGACGAAGAAAAUCUGGUGAAGACCGUGAAGCCUCUCAUUGAAGAGGCGGGGAACAUGUUGCAGGAAGGCAAGGGUGCUCUUCGAGCUCUUGAUCCCGAUGGCCAAAUUGCAGCCUCAGCCAAAGCCCGGAGUGUAUCUCACGAGGCAACAUCGGAAGAAUACCAGCUGGCCGAACUACUCAAGCAACUUUCCCAGACUGUCACUACUACGAUUGAUAAUGGUCGUCGGCGUAUCGCGGACAUGCCCCAUGCAAAGAAGAAACUCAAUCCACUAUGGUCUCUACUCUCCGAACCACUCUUCCAGAUCAUUGCGGCAGUGGGUCUGCUUUUGAGUGGGGUAGUGGGCCUUCUUGGACGCCUUCUCGAUGGACUCGGCCUGGGCGGACUUGUCCGUGGACUUCUCGGGGGUCUAGGAAUCGACAACCUCCUCAGCGGUCUCGGUCUCGGCGAUGUCGGUAAGAGUUUGGGUAUGUCCGGUUGA